AUGCAGUCCGAGCCGACGUCAUGCGCAGCAUUGAGCACCGAGAAGUCUGUGAGUUUUACAGAGAAGCAGACCGAAGACGACUCAUUUGAGGGUAAUCAGCACAGGCACAAAACUCGCAGAAGCACUGCCACAAGGCUCGCUGCUCAGUUGCGAAGCCUCUUCCCCAUCAUCAAGAUGCAACGCCUACACGCGAUCAAUGCCUUAAGCACUAUGGGAGAUGUAUAA